GUUGGAUUCUCCGUUCUAAAAAUGAACGUAUGCAAGACACUCAAAUUCCAAUUAUACACUUGAUAUAGCAGAGUAACGACAGAAAUACAUAUCAUGCAAAUUGUACUUUCGCGUGAAAACCAUUUGGUUAUUCUAAGUUGUAACAGUGAAGAGUAUCAGAAUUCAGAAAUGAAUCACUUACCGUCAAACCUGUUACCCGAUGAAACGAGCCCAGAGUGGGUUAACAAAGGAGACAACACGUGGCAACUAACGGCAGCUACUCUGGUGGGCCUGCAAAGUGUUCCGGGCCUGGUCAUCCUCUACGGCAGCAUAGUGAAGAAGAAAUGGGCCUUGAACUCUGCAUUCAUGGCCCUAUACGCUUUUGCGGCGGUUCUCGUUUGUUGGGUGGGUUGGUGCUACCAGAUGUCGUUCGGCCAGGGGAUGUUUCCGUUUUUGGGAUGGCCAAACGUGGCCUUGGACCGGGAAUUCCUUCUGCGUCCGGCUUUUGCAGGGAACUUUCCAAACGCCACUAUGGUCUACUUCCAGUUUGUGUUUGCUGCCAUCACUUUGAUUCUCCUCGCGGGAGCGUUGCUUGGGAGAAUGAACUUUCACGCCUGGAUGCUGUUUGUUCCACUCUGGCUCACUUUCUCUUACACCAUCUGUGCCUUCAGUAUAUGGAGCCCUCAUGGCUGGUUGUUCAAGAUGGGCCUCGUUGAUUACUCCGGUGGCUUUGUUAUUCACCUUUCUUCUGGGGUUGCUGGUUUCAUCGCAGCAUGUUGUGUAGGACCAAGGGCAAUAAAGGAUAGGGAGAGGUUCCUUCCAAACAACAUACUUCUAAUGCUGGCUGGGGCUGGGCUAGUAUGGAUGGGAUGGAGUGGAUUCAACGGUGGAGAUCCAUACACAGCCAGCAUAGAUGCAUCUCUGGCCGUCCUUAACACCCACGUGUGCACGGCCAUGAGCUUGUUGACUUGGCUUUUCCUUGACAUCCUCUUGUUUGGAAAACCUUCUGUCAUUGGUGCCACUCAAGGCAUGAUCACUGGUUUGGUUUGCAUCACCCCUGCUGCCGGUGUGGUUCAAGGUUGGGCAGCAAUGAUAAUGGGAAUGAUGUCUGGAAGCAUCCCAUGGUACACAAUGAUGGUCCUGCACAAAGAAAUUAGGAUCCUGAAACAGGUGGAUGAUACCAUGGCAGUUUUCCACACUCAUGCUGUGGCUGGUUCCUUAGGUGGCAUUCUAGCUGGCUUCUUUGCUGACCCUAACCUUUGUCGUCUCUUCUACGGGGAACAAGAUUCACAACACUACAUAGGCCUUGCUUAUGGCAUAUUCACGGGUAGGUCCAAGGAAGGGUUAAGGCAAAUGGGGGUUCAGCUUCUUGGCAUUGCGUUUGUGAUACUCCUGAAUGUCACCACAACUUUCAUCGUGUGUGGGUUGGUUAAGGUGAUAGUUCCACUGAGGCUGCAUGAAGAUGAGUUGAAAGUUGGGGAUGAGGCGGUUCACGGGGAGGUUGCCUAUGCAUUGUGGGGCGAUGGAGAGAAGCUUGAGACUGCCAAUGAGGCUUUGAGUUUUCAAAAGAAUCACGAGUGGCCAACUGUGGAACUAAAAUCUUUCAGUGAUGUUCAAUUGGAGUAGUGAAGACAAGAGAUUCUAGCUGCUGUGUGUUGGUUUUGUGAUUGUUUGAAAGUGUUGAAAUAAGGAGUAAAACAGUAGGAAGAGAAUUUGGUUCCUCUGAGCUUGUUGUUGCAAUGCGUGCUGGAUGUCAAUUGCAAGAUGACACCAUUGUACACUCGCUUCACGAAAUAAUACUAUCC